CAGAAAACAGUGUGAUGUAAACUUGGUCUGCUUAGUCAAUGUUAAUAUAUGUUUGUGUCAGACACACUUACGCAAGUUAACAGUUUCUCAUUUAACUAUGGAUUUCCCCCGACAGGACCAUGUCAACAAAUGAACAGAAGAAACUCGGAGAGCAGCAGAGCAGUCAACUCUUACCAGAGGAGAGCAACACUGCAAGUACAAGCCAAGCACAUCAACACAUGGAGGACAAAGACAAUGAAAGUCAAGUCUCUGCAAUGGAAAAGAAGGAGUUUAUAAAUGUAUGGGUACGAGAUCCUCAGGUACACAAGGAGGAUUUCUGGCAUGCAUACAUAACCUAUGAGAUCUGUCUUCAUACCAAUAGUAUGUGUUUCCAGAAGAAGACCUCUUGUGUGAGGAGGAGGUAUAGUGAGUUUGUUUGGCUGCGUCAAAAACUACAGAACAAUGCUGUGCUUAUAAAGUUACCUAAACUCCCUCCUGGGAAUCCUUUCUUCAAACUCAAUAGUGAUUUCCAGAUCACUCAGCGGAUGCAGGGGCUGCAACAGUUCCUUGAGGCAGUUCUACAGACACCAUUACUGCUGUCAGACAGUCUGCUGCACCUGUUCUUGCAGUCAUCUCUGAGCAUUGCAAAAAUGGAUGCAUGUGCACAGGGACAGACGCAUUACACGGUUGCACAGGCAAUACAGCGGUGUGUCGGGUAUACCCGUUUCCCUGUAGAGAAACAGCAUCAAGAAGAAGACAGCAAAACAUACUGUGACUCCGACUGUGAAAGUACAACAUCCUCUGGCUUGGGAAAUAGUAUAGGAUGUGCCACAUCUGUGGAAGAAGACUCUUCCUAUAAUGAAAGUUUUUCCCAUGAAUUUCAAGCCACAACCCCUGAGGCAGAACUCUGUAGCAGCCUGUCUUCAUCUCCUAGCAACCAGUAAUCCUUGAUGUGCACUCUGUUAUGUGAACUCUAGGGAUGUAUAAACACACACACACACACAUACUCCGUCAAAGAGAUUUCCUGCCCAGUUUGCUGCUUAGAGCCUCCAGAGUUAUAUUUGGAUGGAUAUUGAGAGAAAAAGGUCUUGAUUAUUGUUUUAUUGCAUGUAAUGUUUGUGUCCAUAUUGUUAUUUUUUUUUAAAAAUGGAGAUAUUUUAUUUAAAAUUUUUGUGGUUAUCAUAUUAAAUAAUUCUCCUAUACUAAAGGGCUGACUUGGAAAGAA